AUGGAGGCUCACGGAGUUCUCUCUCUGCUGUGCGUCGCGCUGUGUGCUGGGGCGCUCGCACAGCAGACCAACAGACCCAAGUUCUGGGGUGAGUUUAUAAAGUUUGUUUCUAUGUUCCGGGGGGUUCCAGUAUUGUCUGUCUAUGUAUGCUAUGUAAUUAAUAGGGAACUAAACAAGCUCUUUGGGAUGAGAAACACGUUAGAAACCACAGAGAGUGAGAGAGCGAGAAAAUGGGGAUGGUUUCUGGCGAGCCUCUGCAUCUUGGCCAGAUGUUUCGUUGGAAGUUAGCAAUAGCCUGUAGGAGCUAAAGCGAAUUUAGUAAGACAGACAAUGCUAAAAUCAUAUAUUAGGCCUUGCCUAAGAUAACAGAAUUGCUGAGCUGGUUUGUCAUUGGUCCCACUGUAGUUUGGCUAAAGUCGAUCUAUCUCUCUCUGCUGCAAAUGAUGCUUAGAGUGGGAUCGGCAAUAUGCUACCCUCCCCACAUCCUAACCUACCACUAGGGGAGUGAAACUGACCUUAGGUCAGUGUUAGGGUUAAUCAAUCAAUCACUCAAUCAAUCAAUCUGUGUAAUUUGCUGGGAUUUGAAUUGAAAUCCUAUGCAGGAUGCAGAAUCUUAAUAUGUUUGAGGUUGAUUGAAUCGAGGCCUUAGUCUAAACAUAUUGUAGUUGAAAUAUUUCCUUUUAUUUUAUUCUUUAAAGUAGUACGAUUUAGUACAAUUCCUACAACAGUUUUGUACUUUUAAUUUAGUUUUAGCCUUUUAGUCAGAUUUUAUGACCAGCUUCAUUACAUUUGGUGGCAGCAGUGGGAUUUAGGCCUCCUUAACAGCAAUAGUUAGCAACCAGCUAGUUGCCAGCUGAGCCGGCUCCACCGAUUUCCCCAAUCAGCUAGAUCAAUUAAUCAAUUAAUUAACUAAUCAAUUAGAACCGGCAAACCAGCUCUCUAACCUUGAGGCUACCGCCAUUGAGUAACAAAUGUUAUUGUGUGACUGUGUGUAUAUGAAUAGUUUAAUUCCAAAACGCUAUAUAUCCAUUUUCAGAAAUGUAGGUAAAUUAUAUUUUAUCGAUUUAAAGAAAUUAUGAAAGAGAUUGGUGUUUUUUACAUUUACAUUUACAUUUUAGUCAUUUAGCAGACGCUCUUAUCCAGAGCGACUUACAGGAGCAAUUAGGGUUAAGUGCCUUGCUCAAGGGCACAUUAACGUCAUUUAGCAGACGCUCUUAGCCAAAGCGACUCACAAAACACCCUAUAGCCAGUGGGACUGGUGCGUUCACCCUAUAGCCAGUGGGACUGGUGCGUUCACCCUAUAGCCAGUGGGACUGGUGCGUUCACCCUAUAGCCAGUGGGACUGGUGCGUUCACCCUAUAGCCAGUGGGACUGGUGCGUUCACCCUAUAGCCAGUGGGACUGGUGCGUUCACCCUAUAGCCAGUGGGACUGGUGCGUUCACCCUAUAGCCAGUGGGACUGGUGCGUUCACCCUAUAGCCAGUGGGACUGGUGCGUUCACCCUAUAGCCAGUGGGACUGGUGCGUUCACCCCUAUAGCCAGUGGGACUGGUGCGUUCACCCUAUAGCCAGUGGGACUGGUGCGUUCACCCUAUAGCCAGUGGGACUGGUGCGUUCACCCUAUAGCCAGUGGGACUGGUGCGUUCACCCUAUAGCCAGUGGGACUGGUGCGUUCACCCUAUAGCCAGUGGGACUGGUGCGUUCACCCUAUAGCCAGUGGGACUGGUGCGUUCACCCUAUAGCCAGUGGGACUGGUGCGUUCACCCUAUAGCCAGUGGGACUGGUGCGUUCACCCUAUAGCCAGUGGGACUGGUGCGUUCACCCUAUAGCCAGUGGGACUGGUGCGUUCACCCUAUAGCCAGUGGGACUGGUGCGUUCACCCUAUAGCCAGUGGGACUGGUGCGUUCACCCUAUAGCCAGUGGGACUGGUGCGUUCACCCUAUAGCCAGUGGGACUGGUGCGUUCACCCUAUAGCCAGUGGGACUGGUGCGUUCACCCUAUAGCCAGUGGGACUGGUGCGUUCACCCUAUAGCCAGUGGGACUGGUGCGUUCACCCUAUAGCCAGUGGGACUGGUGCGUUCACCCUAUAGCCAGUGGGACUGGUGCGUUCACCCUAUAGCCAGUGGGACUGGUGCGUUCACCCUAUAGCCAGUGGGACUGGUGCGUUCACCCUAUAGCCAGUGGGACUGGUGCGUUCACCCUAUAGCCAGUGGGACUGGUGCGUUCACCCUAUAGCCAGUGGGACUGGUGCGUUCACCCUAUAGCCAGUGGGACUGGUGCGUUCACCCUAUAGCCAGUGGGACUGGUGCGUUCACCCUAUAGCCAGUGGGACUGGUGCGUUCACCCUAUAGCCAGUGGGACUGGUGCGUUCACCCUAUAGCCAGUGGGACUGGUGCGUUCACCCUAUAGCCAGUGGGACUGGUGCGUUCACCCUAUAGCCAGUGGGACUGGUGCGUUCACCCUAUAGCCAGUGGGACUGGUGCGUUCACCCUAUAGCCAGUGGGACUGGUGCGUUCACCCUAUAGCCAGUGGGACUGGUGCGUUCACCCUAUAGCCAGUGGGACUGGUGCGUUCACCCUAUAGCCAGUGGGACUGGUGCGUUCACCCUAUAGCCAGUGGGACUGGUGCGUUCACCCUAUAGCCAGUGGGACUGGUGCGUUCACCCUAUAGCCAGUGGGACUGGUGCGUUCACCCUAUAGCCAGUGGGACUGGUGCGUUCACCCUAUAGCCAGUGGGACUGGUGCGUUCACCCUAUAGCCAGUGGGACUGGUGCGUUCACCCUAUAGCCAGUGGGACUGGUGCGUUCACCCUAUAGCCAGUGGGACUGGUGCGUUCACCCUAUAGCCAGUGGGAAAACCACUUUACUCAGGAACCAUCUCUCUCUAAUCAUGGUGUGGAGUUGUUCAAUGACACUUCAUGGUUUCAUUUCAGAGAGACAAAUAAUCAUGUUUCUUUACAAAAUGCCAUUUAUACACCUCACCCACAUGAAAAAAUACUAUAGUUUACUAGAAUAUAAAUACUGUACUAUUACAAUAGUUCAAAAACUGUAGUGUUUUUUAGGACUGUAGUGUUUUUGAGAACCGUAUUGUAGAAAUGACUAUAGUGUUUUUGCAUAUAUUACUGUAGUAUACUAUAGUAUUUCCAGUUUACUAUAGGAUAACUACUGUAGUAUUACUAUAUUUAAAAAACAAUAGUAUAUAUUAUAGUAAUUACUGUAGUGUUUUGCAGAUUGCAGUAUACUGUAGUAUUUACUAGGUUGUUUUUGUGAGGUGAGGUCUUUCUCCUAGACAAAUACUGAAAGAGCACAUUUUCCAUAAGCUGUAGGUAGGUAGGACUGGAGUCUGACCGGAUAGUUCAGAGCUUCUGCUCUUUUCUAUAACCUGUAGGGUUACAAUAUAUAUAUACAAUAUAUGGUCUACACUCUUAGAAAAAAGGUGCUGUCUAGAACCUAAAAGGGUUCUUCGGCUGUCCCCAUAGGAUAACCCUUUUUGGUUCCAGGUAGAUCCCAUUUGAUUUCCAUAUAGAACCCUUUCCACAGAGGGUUCUACAUGGAAUCCAAAAGAGUUCUACCUAGAACCAAAAAGGUUUCUACCUGGAACCAAAAAAGGUUACAGCUAAACAGUGGAUACAUAGCGUUUUGCAAAAAAAAAUAACAAAAUUCAUACACAUAUAAAAUCUAGUAAUUAAAAAUCUGAGAACACUAAUAUUUUACACACACAUGAAGAUGUGUAAAAUAAGCAAUCAUUUCUGAUGAAAAAACACGUGAAGAAUUGUUGGAUAUAGCGUUUUGGAAAUGAACUCUUCAUAUACAGGUAUCAGGUGUUUGUUUCUCUUGAAGAUAUUUCCUAUGUUUAUGUUUACUUUGGUGUGUGUGUCAGAGUGUCCGGUGGACCUGUUCUUUGUGCUGGACACGUCUGAGAGUGUUGCUCUGAGGGCCAAGCCUCCCAACUUCUACAUCGACCAGAUCAAGACCUUUACUGAACGCUUCAUCAUGGAGCUCAAAGAGAUGUAAGAUACACACACACAAUGACCUUCCAUUACAGAACACUAAUACUACUUGAUGAGAACACAGUAUUGUUCAUUGUGAAUGUGUACACUUAAAAAAAUGCUGUGUUGUUUGGAUGACCCUACUGUUGGGUUGCAGGCAUUGGGUAACUUAGUCGGGUUGUUUUCUUUACGAAAGAGCAAGGUUGGGUUGUUGAUGCUGGGUUAUUGAGAUAUGACCCAGUGGGUCAGAUCAGAAGACUGGGGACGUAUCUUAGUAGGGGAGUGUGGCUUUCGGAUAGUUAUUUUUGGCCUCCCGUGAGAGGAAAUGCCAUUCCGGUUAAUUCCGAAAAGUUUAUGACUAUACCAAUGUUGGGAUACUUUGUUACAAUAUGUAUCAAAUCAAAUCAAAUCAAAUGUUAUUUGCCACAUGCGCCGAAUACAACAGGUGUAGACAUUACAGUGAAAUGCUUACUUACAAGCCCUUAACCAACAUUGCAGUUUAAGAAAAAAAAUGAAAAUAGCAAAUAAUUAAAGAGCAGCAGUAAAAUAAAAUAACAGUAGGGAGGUUAUAUACGGGGGGUACCGGUACAGCGUCAAUGUGCGGGGGCACCGGCUAGUCGAGGUAAUUGAGGUAAUAUGUACAUGUGGGUAGAGUUAAAGUGACUAUGCAUAAAUAAUAAACAGAGUAGCAGCAGCGUAAAAAGGAUGGGGUGUGGUUGGGGUUGGGGUUGGGGUGGGGUGGGGUGGGGGGCAAUGCAAAUAGUCCGGGUAGCCAUGAUUAGCUGUUCAGGAGUCUUAUGGCUUGGGGGUAGAAGCUGUUGAGAAGCCUUUUGGACCUAGACUUGGAGCUCCGGUACCGCUUGCCGUGCAGUAGCAGAGAGAACAGUCUAUGACUAGGGUGGCUGGAGUCUUUGAUAAUUUUUUGGGCCUUCCUCUGACACCGCCUGGUGUAGAGGUCCUGGAUGGCAGGAAACUUGGCCCCAGUGAUGUACUGGGCCACACACACUACCCUCUG